AUGGCUCAACCUAAAGAAAUCCAUGUUUUAAUGGUCUCAUUGUUUUACCAUGGUCACAUAAACCCUAUGGUUCAUUUUGCAAAACUUCUCACUUCAAAAGGUAUACAUGUAACCUUAGCCACAACUAGCCAUGCUCGAGAACAUAUAGAUAAGGGGUUAGCCAACCGAACCAACUUCAUUGACUUUGAAUUCUUUGAUGACGGCUUAGAUGAUGGACUUGACCGCGACUCAAAUCUAGGUAUCUUGUUAGAAGAGUACCUUCCUACGAAUGGUGUAAAAAACCUAUCGUACCUAAUUUCUAACCUUGAAGACAAAGGUAAACGAUUUGCAUGUAUUAUUAACAAUUGUUUUGUACCUUGGGUUACUAGUGUUGCAUGCAUACACAACCUUCCUUGUGCUAUGCUAUGGGUUCAAUCUUGUGCAACUUAUUGCAUAUAUUAUCAUUAUCAUAAAACACCAUCCCAAUUUCUUGCAUUGGAUGAUCCAAAUAAUGAAAUUGAAAUUCUAGGAUUACCAUUGCUUAAGAAUGAGAAUCUUCCAACUUUUAUCCUUCCAAGUAGCCCCCCUCAUUUCUUAAAUGUUGUUAUGAAAACCAUGAGUAACCUAAACCAUUACAAAUGGAUAUUUGGUAGUUCUUUUUGUGAUAUAGAACAAAGCUUGGUCAACUCCAUGGAGCAAUUCAAACCCAUUCUUCCCAUUGGUCCUUUGAUCUCACCAUCUAUGCUACAAGAAGGAGAUGUAGAAGAGAGUCAUGAAAAAAAUGAUGUUUGCAUCAAUUGGCUCGACAAACAAGGCACAUCUUCGGUCAUAUACAUAGCUUUGGGGAGUAUAUCAGUGUUGUCACAAAGUGAGACAGAAACGCUAGCAAUGGCAUUGGCCAAUGAUAAUAAUAGACACUUUCUAUGGGUAAGAAAGGAAGGUGAAGAGGGUUGGGGGAGUAAAAUAGUGGACUUACCAAAAGGAUUUUUAGAAAAAACAAAAGAUAGGGGACUAAUUGUACCAUGGUGUUGUCAAGAGAAAGUGCUUAUUCACCCGGCAAUAAGGUGUUUUUUAACUCACUGUGGAUGGAACUCAACAUUGGAAUCUAUUACUGCUGGUGUUCCGAUUAUAGCUUACCCGAUUUGGACAGAUCAACCAACAAACGCUAAAUUAUUGGUAGAUGUGUUUAAGAUGGGAGUAAGAAUGAGGAAGAGUGUGAAUGGGCAACUUGAGCUAAAAGAAAUAGAAAGAUGUUUAUUAGAGGUGACUAAUGGACCAAGGGCCUUAGCUAUGAAAGAACAAGCUAUCAAAUGGAAAGUGGCAGCUAAGAAUGCAAUAUCAGCCCAUGGUUCAUCCAAUAUGAAUAUAGAAAAAUUUAUUAAUGAACUCAACUAA